UCAUCUGCAAAACGACACCCAUCUUACCAUUUUAAAAACCAUUAAGGAGGACUCUGUGGGUGUUGUUGAGUCUUGGAGAUCACUGUUACAAAUCGUUGAACGACAGAGCCACAGAGAGACAGGGAGGGAAAUGGGAAAGCAAAGACAAAGUUUUGCUUCAUUUGAAAGCUUUCCUUUAUUGUCACGUAUCUGAUAUAUUACUAUUAUUUACCAGUCAUAUUAUCAUUAAUACCUCUUCAUAUUUUCUUUCUUGCUUCGGCUUUCCACUUUCUUUCUCUCUCUCUCUCUCUCUCUAUUAGUGUUUACUAGCAAGAAUUUAAAGCAGAGGAAGUGCAGAGUGCCCACUUAAUUUAACAGAAUACAAACAGAUAUGAUCAUCUUCUUCAUUAUAUGAAAAGACCAGGUUGCUUUUCUCAGUUGCAGUUGCCUUUUAAAGGGUUCUGUUGUUUUCCAUUGUUCUUCAAUUUCAAGAAGCGGUUCAGAUUUGAUGCUGUCACGUUGCUGAGAUUGCAACUCGGUGCAUGUUUCGGACUCCAUCUAGCAGCGACUGAUAUGCCAUGGAAAAGGGAUCGCCUAAGAGUCAUAUGCUGAAGACCUCUGUGUCUAAGAGCUCUACGCUGAAGAGUCCUAUGCCAAAGAGCCCCAUGCCGAAGAGCCCUAUGCCAAAGAGUCCUAUCCCAAAGAGUCCAGUUGCCUAUGAAAAGUACAAGUCGAAAUGUAUAUAUGGUUUAAUCAGUCUCUUCCAUAUUCGACAUCGUCGUUCAAAGAAGCUGAUCUCGGAUACUGGCAGUAGAAGCUUAAACAGAAUUGCUCUUGGUGACGGAUACGUAGAGAAUAGACUUGACUUGCAUUCUGAUCAAUACAGUCAUGAUGCAUUAGACAAGAAAUCUAUGAGAAUAGAGAAAAUCCAGGGAGGAGAUGACCCCAUUGAGCAGCAGAUAAAGAAGAAGAUUAUGACUGCUAAGGUGGAAAAUGUACAAUCUGAUUCUCAACAAGUUGAUCUAUUAAGGAACGAGAGAAAAGCACUGAAGAGUUCUCGUAAAUCUCGUCGAUUACCCAUUUAUGGUUGUUAUGAUGUAUCAACUGUGGAGAAUAGGAAACCUACUCAUCAAAAUUUGGCUGACAGGGAAAGACCUUCAAAGUCCUUAGACUCUGUAGUGUCUGCAGAAGUGCAUUUGCAUCCUAAAAAUGAAAGCGUCUGCAAUUGUAAGAGUACAAAUUGCGUGCAGCAUGAGCAAGUUAAUGAGAUAAAUCUUCAAGUUAACAUGAAUGAAUCUACUGAAGCAUUUAUAAACCAGAAGUUGAUUGAUGGAAAACAUUUUAGUGGUGAUGGGACAAGUCAACAGUCUAAACACUUCUUGGAUGCAUUGGAGAUACUGAAUUCCAACAAGGAUUUGUUCAUAAAACUCCUGCAAGAUCCCAAUUCUCUGUUGGUGAAACACAUUGAGGACUUGAGAGACUCUCAGGAAAAAAAGCAGCAGAAUAAUUUCUUCGCUGAAGCUGAAGUAUCAGAACAUCAGGCAAGGGAUACAAGAGCAUGUGACCUAUCCAAGGAAACUGGUGAUUUUCUGCCCUUGGAGAAAAUAGUUCUUUUGAGGACUAGACCAGAAAGCUUGCAGCAAAACUGUACAGAUCAUGGAAUCAGUCAUGACACUCCACUGAUUCAUUAUGGCUUAAGAAAUGUUCAACAGAGUGUUAGACCUGCAUUUUAUGGCAAACAAAUGAAAAGAAAGUUGAUGCAGGCUAUGGGGUUUGUCAGAAAAGAGCAGCAGCUGAUGCCAACUGAUGGUCCUUUGCAUCAAAAGUCUAUCCAUGAGGGCUUUGUACGACGUAGCAAAGAAACAACUGCAGAUGGUAACAAAGGAAACUCACCUGACAAAGCCUCCUCUGACUUUGGAGGAUUCUCCGAGUCUUCCAUAGAUGUCAAGAGGAAGCACCAGGUGGACAAGGUGAACGAAUUUGAUCCCGUUGUUAGAGAUGAAGCUGCUUCAACUAGUGACAGUGGCCAUUCAAACUCACAUUUGUCAACUGUUAAUCAUGCUAAGAGAAACAAACAUGAUGUAUAUGUUGAGCCUAGGGUGCAAAUUUCUGAAGUAAAAAUCGGAAAUGCCAAUUUUUUGAGGAAGCAGGGUGCAAGGACCAGGGAUGGGAUAAGUUCUGUUCCUGAAUUUGACCCCUUGCCUAUGGUCAGUUCCAGAAGGUUAAGGAAACAUGGGUUUGCCUCCUCUGGUAAUCAUCAAAAGGCCAGUGAGAACAAUUGGAGGAAUCCAGAAGAAGAGAAAAAAACUUGCUCAAGUCCAUUGAAGCAGGAUGUAGAGACCUUGCAGUGGGCUGAUAACCUGACACAACCGCAACUAUACGACACAAGGCCAAACAUCUCAUACAAACUCAUUCCUGAUGAACAAGAACACAAAAGCAUUGACUCUCUUAAUAAUGAUUUGAACCAUAUAGCGAAGUGUAGAGAUUCGGAAUUUCUUCCUCCUGAAGUGCCCUCCAAACCAGAUUCUUUGUGUAAUAAUGGUGUUGGUGCAAGCACUGAGACAGCGGAGGUCUGUGAGAGAAAUGUGUCCUUGGACUUUUCAAGAGAGGAUUCAACUGUGGAUAAUCAGACAUCAAUCUGUUCAGUAGAUGAUAAUUUAACAAGCCCUUUAAAGAGUCAGAUGUUUAGAGAAUUUGACACAGUUAAAGACAAAGAAGAGCAGCCAAGUCCUGUAUCGGUACUUGAUCAGUUUUUCACAGAAGAAAUCACUACCACUUUGAACACUGAACCACAACCUGCUCUACAAUCAGUACGACUGCUACAAAUUGGGAUUGAAGAAAGCUGCUUGGCUGAUCAUCAGCCCCGUUUGGAUUUGAAGAGUAAUUCAAGUACUCCCAUGGAAAAACAUGGAUGCAUGUCCGAGUACAUAACUACAGUUUUACAAUCUUGUCACUUCGGCUGGGACGAACUCGCAUCCAAGUGCCAUUUGUCAGAUCAACUCCAUGACCAAUCCUUAUUUGGUAACAGAUAUUUGCAGCCUAGCCAUUUCUGUAGUGAACACAGGCUAGUCUUCGACUGUGUUAAUGAAGUCCUUGUAGAUGUAAACCAGUGGUAUUUAAGAUGCUCCCCUUGGCUUUCAUUUAUCAAACCAAGAAUUGUACCAGAUAUGAUGACAGGAAGUGUAGCUCAUGAAGUGAUGAAAUAUGUUGAUCGGAACUUCCUCUUGGCUCCACCUUCACAAACGCUAGAGCAACUUCUUGUAAGGGACUUGACAAAAUCAAGAACAUGGAUGGAUAUCCGAACAGAUGCUGAAGAUGCAGUUAGCGAGAUGGUAGAUAGUGUUUUGGAAGAAUUGAUAAUAGAAUUUUGCUCUUGAGUAGUUUCUCUGUCUUACAACUGUUGAUAUUCAUUAUAAUUUUUUCACCAA